CGUGUCAUCAAAAUGUUGAUGUCACUUUGAAAAGUUAAAUUGAUUUUCAAUCGAUUAGGCGUGCUAUUGAUAAUAUUCUAUUAAAAUUAUUGUCAGAAACUCAAAAACAGCAAAAACAUAUAUUUAUCCAUGGUAUAGAAUCAAUAAGAUAUAAUUAAUAUUGUAAAAUUGGAAACACAAAGAAGAUAAAGUAGAAUUUAAGAUUUAUUGGAAGAAGAAGCCUUUUAAACAUAAAUCUCGCUGAUAAUAAUAUUAAGAGUCAUCAGUGUCAUCACUGCUAUUCAAAAACAGCAGUAGAACAUUUAAACAAAUAAUUAAAUUAAAGCGUAAUUACUAUUCAAUUGUAAAACUGCCAUCAUCUUUACUCGACUCUCUUCAGAUUAAAAAUGGCUUUUCCUGAUAGCCGACGUAAAAAUGUCAAAAAUUAUUGAAUGGUUAAUUUAAAUCAAACAAAUAAAGCAUUCGGAUGUUUACGGAGACCAAACAAUAAGGUUGUUACAGUGGCACAAUACAAGCACAGUAUAGCGGGCAAUUUAGAGAAACGUCCAGUGAAGCCCAUGAUUGUCAGAGGUAGCAUUAGUGACGGGGCGGGGGUCAUCUCAGUGAGAAAAGAAGAUUUACGCACUCAUCAUGGAUUUCGAAACAUUGGCAGCAGGACUUAAUUGUACACCACCAGCUAUAGACGAUUUUCCUAGGGAUUUUUUUACAGAACAACAAAGGCAAGGUGGAGCCGUGAUUGUUCAUAUAGUCGUAUCUCUUUACCUCUUUGUGGCUUUGGCUGUAGUCUGUGAUAAAUAUUUUGUACCGGCAGUGGAAAAAAUAUGUCAUGCCCUGAACAUGACAGCAGAUGUAGCGGGUGCUACUUUUAUGGCGGCCGCCACAUCAGCGCCUGAACUCUUCGUGAACGUUAUCGGAACAUUCAUUACUGAGGGAGAUAUUGGCGUUGGUACUAUAGUUGGCUCAGCAGUGUUUAAUAUAUUGGCAGUAGCGGCAUGCUGUGGUAUCGGAGCUGGCAUGAGCGGGGCAAAGAUAGUUCCUCUAGAUUGGUGGCCUCUAACCAGGGAUUGUCUAGCCUAUGGUAUCACUGUGUCUAUCCUUAUUUGCAUCAUUCACGAUGAAAGGGUGGAAUGGUAUGAAGCUCUUUGUCUCGUCUUACUAUAUACCGUCUACAUUCUCAUCAUGUACUUCGACAAACCUAUCCAAAAUUGCGUAAGAGGGAGAUUGAGGUUAGCACAACUCAGUAUUUCACGUCGUAGUUCCAAAAACACGACAGAUAACGUCGAAAUUGCUGAAACAAAGUUACAUAUUAAGCUGCCCGAAGGUGGAGAUAAUAAGAUGGACUUCGGAAAUGAUAAAAAAGAAAAAAUAGAUGAUAUAGAGGCUAAAAAUAAUAUGUCUAAUUGUGACCAAGGCGUUUUCGUUAUAAAUUCGUCGACGCACAUAAACGGGUCACUAAAACUUCCAAUGGCAUUGGAGGAAAAACAUAGUGCAGCUAUUAGUAUAGCGAAAGAGGAAAAUGGCGAAGAAGUAAAAGAAAAAAACGGUCGGCAUUCAUUGUGGAAGUGGCCUGGAAAAAGUGGAAAAUUAGCACAGACAACAUGGAUUAUAACGUGGCCAAUAUAUUUAGUAUUCCUCUUUACAAUACCAGAUUGUGAAAAGAAGAGAUUUAAAAGAUGGUUUCCACUUACUUUCGUCAUGUGCAUCGUUUGGAUAGGAUCGUUAUCUUAUGUAGUAGCCUGGAUGAUUACAAUAAUAGGUGAUACAUUGAAAAUUCCUGAUUCAGUAAUGGGAAUCACAUUCUUGGCAGCCGGGACAAGUGUACCAGAAGCAGUUUCAAGUGUAAUUGUUGCAAAGCAAGGACACGGAUCUAUGGGUAUCAGUAAUUCCAUAGGAUCGAAUACGUUUGAUAUCCUGCUUUGUUUAGGUCUUCCAUGGUUUAUUAAAGCUACUUUUAUGCCGACUAUAGCUGGAAAACAUUGGGUUGGAAUUAAUUCAGCUGGUAUUGAAUACAGUGCCAUAUCGUUACUCUCUACAUUACUGAUGCUAUAUGUAGCCUUUGCUUUGAACAAGUUUCAGUUGGACAAGACGGUUGGAAGAGUAUGUCUUCUAAUGUACGCCGUUUUCCUAAUACUCGCAAGUUUAAUAGAACUGAACGCCUUCUUCAGGGUGAAUUUGCCUACCUGCGGACGAUGAACGAAGAAAGUCAUAUUCAAAAGUGGUACUUUAAAAGUGUGUGCGUGUUUAAACAGUUAAUUUGAACAAUGUAAAUUAUUAUAAAUCUACGGAUUUUCGUUUUACUGUCAGGUAUUGUAAAAAUAAUGGUUCUGUGGCUAAACAUUUCCAGACAAAUUAGCGCUGAACAAAUGAGCGCU